AUGCGCUGCUGCUGCUGCUGCUACCGCUGCUGCUGUCAGCGGCUGCCCSGUGCCCUGAAGCUGUUGCUUUUGCUGCCACUCGCAGCAGCCACAGAGGCUCCAAACCGCUGUGACACCAUAUAUCAGGGCUUUGCCGAGUGUCUCAUCCGCUUGGGGGACAGCAUGGGCCGCGGAGGCGAGCUGGAGACUGUCUGCAGGUCCUGGAAUGACUUCCAUGCAUGCGCCUCUCGGGUCCUGUCAGGCUGCCCAGAGGAGGCGGCUGCCGUGUGGGAGUCUCUGCAGCAAGAAGCUCGCCGGGCCCCACAUCCGGAUAACUUGCAUACAUUGUGUGGUGCCCCGGUGCSGGUCUGGGAACGCGGCACUGGCCCAGAGACCAACCAAGAAACACUACGGGCUACAGCAGCUUCACCCGCUGGGGCCCCUGCGCCCCUGCUGCUGGUUGCUGUUCUGGUGCUCGCCUACCUCCUGGGGCCUCUGGCCUAG